ACUGGUGAAGUUCAGUUAUCUGCUUCAGAACCUUUAGCCAAUGGCAAACCUACGGAGGAUAGCAUCUCUGAGGCUCAAACAGUGUCUGAAAUUUCAGCGGAACCAAAAAGUUUACCUCCUUUGAGCCUAAACGGAAAGGACAAAAAGGAAACGGAAACAGAGCAAAGCAUCGAACCACUGUCAAAUGUUUCGGAAGCAGAGGGACAAGUUAAGAAACUUCCUUAUCCAAAAUCGGUCUUCUUUAUCAUCAGCAAUGAGUUUUGCGAACGCUUCAACUACUAUGGCAUGCGCACCAUUCUCGUCUUGUACCUGACCCGUCAGCUCCUCUAUAGCGAUGACAACGCCACCGUAAUCUUCCACAUCUUUACCAUGUUCGUUUACUUCCUAUGCGUUGUGGGUGCUAUCAUCUCCGAUAGUUGGCUUGGAAAAUUCAAAACGAUCUUUUAUCUCUCACUUGUUUAUGUCACCGGUUCAGUAUUGGUUUCUCUCGGUGCAGUGCCUACGUUGAAUUUGCCCGCCAACACGUUUACAAUGAUCGGUUUGGCGUUAAUAGCGCUGGGCUCGGGCGGCAUAAAACCGUGCGUUUCCGCCUUUGGCGGUGACCAGUUCAAGAUACCCGAACAAGUGCAGCAAAUUACGACAUUCUUCUCGCUCUUCUACUUUUCAAUCAAUGCUGGCUCAUUGGUUUCGACAACAGUAACACCAAUUCUGCGUGAAGAUGUUCAUUGCUUUGGCGAAAAGGAAUGUUAUUCAUUGGCUUUUGGCGUACCGGCUAUCCUAAUGGCUGUCUCGAUAGUUAUUUUCGUACUUGGUCGCCCAUUGUAUAAAAUUAAACCACCAGCGGGCAAUAUGGUGGUGUUGGUCAGCAAAACUAUUGGUAACGCCAUUGCUACAAAAUGGAAGGAGAAGAAGACCAAUCCCCGUGAGCACUGGUUGGACUAUGCGGAUAAGAAGUAUGACCGUCAAUUAAUUGAAGAUGUGAAAGUGCUGAUGCGUGUUUUGGUACUCUAUCUGCCGCUGCCUGUCUUCUGGGCACUUUUCGAUCAGCAGGGCUCACGCUGGACUAUCCAGGCAACCCGGAUGGAUGGCGACAUGGGCUCAUGGGACAUCAAACCCGAUCAAAUGCAAAUGAUAAAUCCCUUCCUUAUUUUAGCAUUCAUUCCACUUUAUGAACUUGCAUUCUAUCCUUUACUCGGUAUGGUCGGUAUUCGUCGUCCUUUACAAAAGCUGACUUUGGGUGGAAUAUUCGCCAGUAUAGCUUUCAUUGCUUCCGGCUUGGUCGAACUGCAAUUAGAGAAAACUUACCCGGUCUUGCCCAGCGCAGGAAAUGCUCAACUUCGUGUUUACAAUGGCGAAUUAUGCGACUAUUCCAUUACCACCAAUUUGACGAAUUUCAACUUUGAUGUGGCCUCACUCAAUAUGUACAAGAACAGCACAGACAUCGGCUCCGAAGGUUUCCUAUACGUAAGAUUCGAUGUUACCAGCAAAAGUGCGAGUUGUGAUUCAUUCGCCAGCCAAACUUUUAUUUUCAACUCCUCAACCAGCCAUUAUUUGUUUUUGAACUCAAAAAACACUGCACAACCUCUAGUCUGGGGAGAGGACACAAUCAGUAAACCCAGUCGGGGCUAUCCGUUAGGAAGGACAUUAGCGAAUGUAGAGCCGACUCGCCAAAUUGAUUGGAAAAAUAAAAGAGGUACGAUUGAGCACACCGAGCCAGCCAACUUGGGCAACAUAACGGAACUAAAGUCGGGCACCUAUCAAAUAUUAGUUGAUAAUGAGGAGAUUGUCAGUACAUACCUCAAAGUUGGUGGCAUUUACACGAUUUUAAUAAACGAAGAUUCAUCAGGCCAAUACCGCAAUAAUGUCAUAGUUGUAACGGAGCCCAAUUCGAUGUCCAUUUUCUGGUUGAUUCCGCAAUACGUUAUUAUGACACUCGGUGAGGUGAUGUUCUCCGUGACUGGCCUGGAGUUUUCAUAUGCACAGGCGCCACUGACAAUGAAAUCAGUAUUGCAAGCUUGCUGGCUACUUACGGUGGCAUUCGGAAAUGUAAUCGUGAUAAUUAUCGCCGAACUAUCGCUCUUCGAUUCACAAGCGUAUGAGUUCUUCCUCUUUGCCGGUCUUAUGUUUAUUGAUAUGAUUGUUUUCAUGUUUGUGGCUUAUCGGUACAAACCGAACACUUUGGCGCUGAAUAGUGAAACUGAGCCGCUGACGCCACCAGAAAAAAAUGAAAAGGAUGGCAUUGAUAAUGUGGCCAAAGCGAUUGAUGAGUAGAUACGAUGGGGAAAAAAGAAGAUUGAUUUGUAGUCAAAUGUACAAAUAAGUGUGUAAUUUGUAGUGAACAUUAAUGUUAAUUAAUAAUGUUUUGUACUUAAUCAGUUCGUAAGUUUAAGUACCAUAAUUAAUAAAAAAGUAUUACAAUAACUACCGUAAACCUAAACAAUAAA